AUGCAGAAGAGGUUGCCGCGGUAGCCAUAUUGCUGAAUGAAAUUAUCUUAGCUCCAAAACAUUAAAAGCCGUUUGUCAAUAUCAGUAUUCUAUAUUUCAAACAAUAGAAGCCGUUACAGCAUGUUACUCUUUAAUAUGACUUAGAAUUUAGGCAACCCACACAGAGAUCCAAGUCAUUAUCGUUGUGUUGAGGCAUAGGAACGGUGUCACGCAAUGCACCAUGGAAGUGGAUCGCAGAAUAUGCAACGACAGCUUCAAAAAUCCAAGUCUGUCAGUGGGUCAGAGGAGCAGCAACAGCCAUCCUUGGCAGCUACACAGCAGCAAACAGUUGCCCACCCUCAAUCCCCUGUGACCACCUUUUCCUCGGCUGCCAGCCCCUCAGCCCCCCAGUCACCUAAUUAUCAGAUAAUCAUGAGCCGGAGCCCUGUCACAGGACAGAAUGUAAACAUUACAUUACAAAAUGUGGGGCAGAUGGUGACUGCUAACCAGCAGAUUACUCUUACCCCACUCCCUAUCCAGAAUCCAGCGUCGCCUGGUUUUCAACAUACAGCACCUCAGUGGAGGUUUGAGCAUGGUCCGUCCUCUUAUAUUCAGGUGACAUCACCUGUACCCCAGCCCAUUCAACCACAAAGUCCCACACAGCAUAGUCCCAUUCCAAUACAAGGUGUUACAAGGCCAGGUGCUCCCUCAACAGCAUUGGGUGUCUGUGGACAAAGUCCAACACGAUUUGUGGAUGCUGGCAUGUUAGUUCGACAAAUCAAUUUAGGAAGUCCAUCAGGAGGAGGACACUUUGUCUAUCAGGAGGGGACAGGGUUGGCCCAGAUUGCACCGGCUACAACUGGCCAAGUACAACUGACCUCUCCAGGAACAGCAGGCUCUGUGAGGGAACGUAGGCUUUCUCAGCCUCAUUCUCAGACUGGGGGCACCAUUCACCACCUUGGACCUCAAAGCCCUGUUGCCACUGGUAGUAACCUUUCUGCUCUGGGCAACCCUGGCCACAUCACCACUUCAAACCUACCUCCACAAAUCAGCAGUAUCAUUCAAGGACAGUUGGCACGCCCAAUGAUAUUUGAGAAGACUGCACAGGGUGUAGUUGCAGGAGCAGCAAGCACAGCUACAGCAUCAUUUAGCAUACCCUCCUCCAUUCCACCCACCAGUCCAUCCCUCUCUAGUCCACCCCAAGGGGUUCCAAGCAAUCCUCUAACAUCCACCACCAUGACUGCUGGCACAGUGAAAAAACAAGUUGCCAAAAAGUUAGAGGAACUGGCACCCUCUACCCCAGAGAUUGCCCAGCUGAGAAAACAGUGCUUGGACCACCACACCAAGAAGAUGGAGAGUCUAAAAGAAGUGUUCAAAGAAUACCUGAUUGAACUUUUCUUUUUGCAACACCUUCAAGGAAACAUGAUGGACUAUUUAGCGUUCAAGAAGAAGCCUUGUGUUCCUUUGUAUACUUACUUAAGACAGAGUGAUUUGGAUCUAGAGGACGAAGAUGAAGAAGAGGAACAGUCAGAGGUCAUUAACGAUGAGGUAAAAGUUGUUACUGGAAAAGAUGGCCAAGCAGUGACACCUGUCGCCAUAGCAACACAGCUUCCUCCCAAUGUUUCUGCUGCUUUUUCUACUCAGCAGCAGUUUCAGGGACACCAAGGGACUGCUUCUGGCACCAUUACAAACCCUGGAGACAUGGAUGCUUUUAAGAGACAACAGAGUGCAGUUCAAACAGAUCAGGCUAAGAGGCCCCGGAUUGACGUUGGUCGCCAUGGGCUGAUUUUCCAGCAUCCUGGUGUAGCUCCUUUAGGAUCACCUGGCGUGCCACUCCAGCAGCUUAUGCCGACUGCGCAAGGCGGGAUGCCGCCUACUCCUCAAGCGGUCCAGAUUGCAGGACAGAAACAGAACCAGCAACAGUACGACCCAUCUAAAGGGCCUCCUGUACAGAAUGCUGCAAGCCUUCACACUCCUCCUCCUCAGCUACCUGGCAGGUUGCCUCAAGGUACCCUCCCACUGGCUGGCCUGUCCAUGACACUUUCUCAGCAGGCUCAGUUGGUGGAGAAUUCAGCUCCACCAAGUGGCCAACUUCAGGCACAAGUAAAGGUGCAGGCUGGAGGGCCUCUCCUGGCCACAGUUAACCCCCACACGCAACUCCAGGCUCAGCUGCAACAGCAGAUGCAACCGGGUAUUCAACUCCAGUUGCAACAGCAAUCAACACAAGCCAUUCUGCAGUCGGGACAAGCGACUGUGGCUCUUGCUCGCCCUGUGGCCGACCCAAACCAGACAGUCCAGAGAGUUGUGACCAACUCUGUAGCAGCAACGUCCAUGUCUUCUGCUCCUCUGUGUACUCCCAGCUCUGCUCCAGCUUCCCAUUCAGCCAAUUCUCUUCGUACUCUCAGCUCUAACAUCAGCCCAAGCACUCAGUCUAAAGUGACUGGAACCAAUGGAAUAUCGACAGUCAAGAUCGGUGGCUUUGGUCAAAACAGCAUGCAGUCCUCACAGGAAGGUUGUCAAGAUAAGCAAAUUGAGCAAGCUAAAUUGGAAAGUCAAGUCCAUCAGCGCAUAUCUGAGUUGAGGAAGGAGGGCCAGUGGGCUGCUAGUAGACUUCCCAAACUUGUGGAGGCCUCCAGACCAAAGUCUCAGUGGGAUUAUCUGCUGGAGGAAAUGCAGUGGAUGGCUGCUGACUUUGCACAAGAGAGAAGAUGGAAGGAGGCUGCCGCAAAAAAGCUUGUUCGUACAUGCGCCCGCUACCAUCAGGAACGAGAAAAAAGUGAAGAAAGAUUACUGCAAGAAAGGGAAACUCAUCUACGUCAUAUUGCCAGCACUGUGGCUAGAGAGGUGGAGUUCUUUUGGUCUAACAUUGACCAGGUUGUAGAAAUUAAACUCCAGUUUGAAAUCUAUGAGAAGAAGCUGAAAGCACUCAGCCUACAAAAAGCCACGGUGUCCAGUCAGUCAGUAGAAGAGAUGGCCAGUAAAGAGGAAGGGGUCACCCCAGCAAAAAAAUUUAAACCCAGUUUCAACUUUUUUGAUGAAGAUGUUUCAGAUGAAGAGAGCACCAUCGAGGAGCAGGAGGGUAUAGAAAAGGACGCUGACCACAAAACAGAGUUACUUGAUCUUGCCAAAGAUGCUGAGAUGCCUUUGGAUUCUUUGAGGAAACAGUAUGCUGGUGCCUAUGCAGACGGCUUUGAGUGGCCUCAGCCUGGUCUUAACAGUGAUGAUGAUGAUGUGGAAGAGACUCAAGAAAUGGAAUGCAUGUCAGACAGCCCACAUGAGGCUGUAUUGAUUGACUCCCUUCUUAGUGUGGACCAGUAUCAUGGCUCUGAAAAAGCCACAUCCUCUGACUCUGGGAAGCCAGGCAGAGACAUCGCUGAAGUGGCUGCUUCCACAGAACUUAUGUUGCCUAAGGGAAGCUUCAGAACAACUUCAUCAAACCGUAGUCCUUCACCGUUUUUAUUGCAUGGAAUGCUGCGGGAUUAUCAGCAAGUUGGGGUGGAUUGGCUGGUGAAUCUUUACAAGAAACACCUGAAUGGGAUUUUAGCUGAUGAAACAGGACUUGGGAAGACUGUACAGACAGUGGCUUACAUGGCCCACCUAGCAGGGCAAGAGGGCAUUUGGGGGCCUCAUCUUGUUGUUGUAAGAACAUGCAAGUUGCUUAGUUGGGAGUUGGAGUUCAAGCGCUGGUUCCCUGGCUUUAAGAUUCUCCUCUACCUUGGAAAUGGAAAGGAGCGCAGAUCUAGAAGAAUGGCCUGGGAUGACCCCAAUGGCUUCCAUGUAUGUUUGACAUCCUACAAGCUUCUCAUGAAAGACCAGAGUCACUUUCUGAGGAAAAAAUGGAGGCAUCUGGUUCUGGAUGAGGUGCAGCUCAUCAAAAACACAACAGAGAAACACUGGGAAGUCAUCUUUGCCCUCAGAAGUGAGCAGAGGAUCCUUCUCAUCAACAAUCCUCUACAGAACACUCUCAAGGAGUUGUGGACCAUGAUCCACUUCCUGUUGCCAGGAAUCACCAGGCCUUACGCCGACUUUCCCGUUAAAGCAGGGACAGACCAGAACCAGGACUACUGCCACAAACUGGUCAUCCGCUUACACAGGGUAAUCCAACCAUUCAUUCUGAGGCGCUCUAAAAGGGAUGUGGAGAAACAACUUCCAAAAAAGUAUGAACACAUCCUCAAGUGUCGUCUGUCCAACAGACAAAAGAGCCUUUAUGAGGAUAUCCUCACUCAAUCAGGGACUCAGGAAGCUCUGAAGACGGGUCAUUUUGUCAGCGUCCUUCAGGUUCUGAUGCAGUUACAGCGAGUCUGUAACCACCCAGAGCUGGUGGCACCCAGAGAAACCAGCAGCUCUUAUUUCUGUUCUUCUCUGGAAUAUAAUGUUCCAUCAAUGGUGCUGGACGCUAUCGAGAAAGACCCAAGCAAGACUGCAAAUUUCUCAAUCUUUGACUUGAUCAAUAAUGAGAGUAGACUGACGCGUUAUCAGACCGAAGAGGCGGUGCCCAAUCUGAAGAUCACACAGCAACUUAUAGAGGAGAUCUACUCUAGUCCUGAUCCACCACCAAGACCAAAGUCGUGUCCAAUUAAACCCAUGAAGUUGUUCCAGCCAGUUCAGUAUGGCACAAAGCCAGAAGGUCGUUUAACUGCUUUUACAAAUGCAGUUCAGCGUCCUCCAACAAGCUCACCCACUACCAGCACUUCUCCUUCCACCACCAGCCAGGCGGGCCAGAGCAGGGGAAAGUCUCCGGUCACAACAGGAGCAGCCACAAACGUCUCACACGCCACUGGAACAACCACACAGAGAGCCGAGGCUCCUCCUGUCAGCAGCAACAGCUCUGCAGCUUCCUCUGUAGCCUCCUCUGGAAACAGUGGCAUUGGGCAGCAUGUGCUGGGGGCUGCUCCUGUAGCCGUGGGCCAGACCUUAGCUGGUACACUUGUGGGUGCUAUGACUCCCAUCAGCCAGCCUGGAAUAACACAGGUCCCCAGGCCAACCCUAGCCUCCAGCCAUGCCAUCCAGCCCAGCUUAAUGUCCCAGAGGUUGGUUCUUACAUCUCAGGCCCAGGCACGAUUGCCUAGUGGAGAUGUGAAGAUUGCCCAGCUGACCAACAUAGCUGGCACUCAGAACCGCAUCUCCCAGCCGGAGACCCCAGUCACUCUGCAGUUUCAGGGAAACAAGUUCACUCUGUCCCCCAGUCAGCUCCGCCAGCUCACAACUGGACAACCUUUACAACUCCAAGGUGCACUCGGCAACAUCUUGCAAAUUGUGUCAGCUCCUGGGCAGCAGAUAAUUAGGCCACAAGGAUCCAUGGUGAUGCAAGCAAUGCCUCAAGCUGUUACUGCUUCAAAUGCUGCAGUUCCAGCCAGCACCCCUCAUCCAGCCCUGUCAACAUCUCAGCAAGGUUCAAGUGUGACUUCAAAUGCUACAUCAGCAUCCAGCAAGGUGACGAAUGCUGCUCAUGGAGUUUGUCAGGAGCCCACAGAAGAAAAGUCUCGGCUGCUGAAGGAGCGUUUGAGGAACUUGUUUGAAGCCAACGAGCGGCGCUGUAGCCGCAGAGUUUUAUAUGGAUCAGAUCUGCUACAGGCCUGCACCCUGAGCUCAAGGCCUGCUCACACUGCCCUGACUGCAGGAGGAUGGAGGUGGGUGGGCAGGGAGAGCUGUGUGAGGGCUCAGAGAACCUGUGUGGGGACCACGUCUGCCCUGCAGACCUCCCUGCUCUCUGUGGAGGAGCGUCUCGGGGCUUCAAGCAGCCUUAUUCAAAGACUGUCGUGUAUGGUUCCCCCAGCCGUUGCACCACCUCCUCACCUGCAUGCAGCCAAUCCUUCGACUCCUUUUCGGCUGGAGCAAAAGUCCAAUCAUCGUCGACUACAGGAGGCCGCUGCUCCUCAUAGUGCAAGCAUCCACCGAUUAGCAUCUAAGCCUCUUAUCGGUUGUGCGGACUUGCAGUUGAUGCAGAUGGAUUCAGGUAAACUGGAAGCUCUUGCUAUCCUGCUGCAGAAGCUCAGGUCAGAGAGCCGCCGAGUGCUCAUCUUUACUCAGAUGUUGAAGAUGCUGGACAUCCUGGAGGCCUUUUUGGAUUACAGGCAACUCACUUAUGUUCGCAUUGAUGAAAGCCUCACUUUGGAAACAAGACAGGAAAACAUGAAGAAGUUUAACAGGAAAAGGCAGCUUUUCUGCAGCAUCCUGACCAACUGCUGCUGCACUGCAGUUGGAACCAUGGUUGAUGCAGACACUUUCAUCUUCUACGACACAGACCUCAAUCCAAGCAUGGAUGCUCUCACACAGGAAUGGUGUGACAAAAUAGGACGUUCUAAGGACAUACACAUAUACAGGUUGGAGAGUGGAAACUCCAUUGAAGAGAAACUGUUAAAGAACGGCACCAAGGAUCUUAUAAGGGAGGUGGCUGCUCAGGGUACUGACUACACCUUGGCUUUCCUGACACAACGGACAAUCCAGGAUCUGUUUGAAGUGGAGGCAGGUUCAGGAGUAAAGGUAGAGGAGUUUGUGGUUCUUCACCAGGAACCAUCGGCCUCUGAAGCCAUCUCUCCUAAAGUGGCAAGGCCCUACAUCCAGGCUCUGCAGAGCAUAAACCUGGAUGCCCCUGAAGGGAAGGAACAUCAGAAGGAGGAAGAGACGGCACACAAAGAGGGCGAGGAGUUGGAGCACCAACACAAAGAUGAUGCUGUCCAGAUAGAAGAGCUGAAUGCAGUCAUGGAACAGCUAACUCCCAUUGAAAGAUAUGCCGUGCAUUAUCUGGAGUAUCUCCACGUCAGUGAUGACGAAGUUGCACUUAAGAAGCAGUUGGAAUCUGCCAAAAGAGCCUGGGAGCUGCAGCAGCUUCAAAAGCUAACAGAGGAGAAGGAGGAGCAGAAGAUGACGGAGGGAGAAGAAGACCUGUUCACUUACACCAGAGAGGACGCGUACAAUAUGGAGUAUGUGUUUGAGGCGGAGGAUUGUCACACAGAAAUUAUGCCGCUUUGGACUCCACCCACACCACCACAAGAUGACAACGACAUUUACAUCGACUCAGUAAUGAUGCUAAUGUACGACACUACACCAAUGCCAGAGUCCAAGCUGCCUCCCAUCUACAUCCGCAAGGAACACAAGAGACUCAAGAUGGAUCCCUCCGCAGCUGCUAGAAAGAAAAAGAAGGGCCACGGGGAAACGGUCAUCCCUCCACGCUCUCUUUUCGAAAAAGCCAGCAUGCUUAAGGUUCGCCGUGAGGUUAAAGACCAGAAGAAGAACUUCUCCCUCAAGCAGCAGGCUCCGUUUGCCAAGCCGCUGCCCUCACUGGUUAAACCUGCCAUGGAGGCUGGUCAGGACAACCCAGAGUGGCUCAUCAGUGAAGACUGGGCUCUUCUUCAGGCUGUCAAACAGCUGCUGGAAUUGCCGCUCAACUUGACCAUUGUGUCCCCUGCCCACACACCUAAUUGGGAUCUGGUGAGCGAUGUGGUGAACUCCUGCAGUCGCAUAUACCGCUCCCCUAAACAAUGUCGCAACCGCUAUGAGAAUGUCAUCAUCCCCAGAGAAGAGGGCAAGUUGGUGUAUGAGUCCAACCCCAAGAAGAAAACCAAGAGCAUUUACAAGUCUAAGAACAGCCGGCCCCUGAGGACCUGUCAGAUCUACACUCAAGAUGACAACGCCUCCCAAAUUCAACUCUACAACAGCCGCUUUGAACUCAUGAAAAUAAUCGCCAGCAAGAGAAGUCCACCAAUUAAACCACUGCUUGGAAUGAAUCCAUUUCAGAAGAAUCCCAAACAUGCAUCAGUCCUGGCAGAAAGUGGAAUUAGCUACGAUAAGCCUCUGCCUCCCAUUCAGGUGGCAUCUCAGCGUGCAGAGAGGAUUGCAAAAGAGAAAAAGGCCCUUGCGGAGCAGCAGAAGGCUCAGCAGUUGGCCCAGCAGCAGGCUGGAGCUCCUCCGGCUGGGACUGCCCCGGGUCAGGUACCGGCUCCCGCCGCCGGCCAGGUCCCUCAGGCUUCUGCGGUGGCUGGAGCUGCCGCUGUGCCGAAUGCAGCAGUACUGGCGGGAGCAAUAAAAAAUGCUGCUGUUGGUUCAACCCUUCAGGCUGCAACUGUAGGAGGGAACGUGAUCGUGAACACAGUGGCUGGAGUUCCACCAAGUCCCUUCCAGGCCAACAAACGUCUGGCAUCUUCAGUCAUCCCCGGCACUCUGUCUCCAGCGGGCACGACUGGAGCUCAGGUUGUUCAUGCGCAACAGAGGGUCCCAGCUGCAGCUGCCCCCACUGAAGUGGUGGCCAUAGCUACAGGUCAGGGGGUCCGUGCAGUAACUCCAGUGACGGCCUCUGCAGUAGUUUCGACUUCUUUGAGCCCAGUCCAGUCACAGACCCGCCCACUUCCGCAGGUCGCUCCAGCCACAGGAAUGCAGUUGUCACAGAAGACUCUGACUCCAGCCCAAAUCCAGCUGUUACGACAGCAGCACGCACAGCAGCAGCAGCAACAGCAGCAGCAGCAGCAGACUACUUCACCUCAGAUUAAAGCUGUAGGGAAACCUCAGGAGUUGCUAAAAAUGCAGAAGCAGAAGCUGCAGCAGCAGCAGGUUGCUGCAGCGGUUGCAGCAGCCCAGGGUCAACAGGGUGCAGGAACCCAGCAAGCCGCUCAGGUGCAGCCGGCUCAGGCGACUCAAGCUAGUCCUCAGCUGGCAGCUGUGACGGCCCCUCGCCCUGGAACUGUGCUGGCUGGACCCCCUGUCAACACACUGCAGGUGGCCAGACUGACUCGAGUGCCCACUCAAGGACAGAUCCAGGCCCAGGCAGCACAAACUGCUCAGGUGACGCUCACAAAGCCCCCUGUGGUGUCUGUGCCCGCCGUGGUUUCCUCAGCUGGAGUCACCACUUUGCCGGUCACUGUUGCAGGCAUCAGUGUGGCCAUUGGUCAGCCUCAGAAACCAGGUGCUCCUGUGCUGACACAGUCCUUUCCCCAGAUGCAAGUCCAGCAGCUGAUUCAGAUGAAGAAACAGCAGCAGGCUGCUGCAGCAGCCCAACAGAAAGCAGGGCAGCCGCAGCAGCAAGGACAGGCCACCGUACAGCAGAAGAUUGGCACUCAGCAGGUGACGGUGCAGGCAGCACAGCCAGCCCAGCAGCAGAAAGUGACCUACACUGCCACCACCCAACUCCAACCAGGAAUCAAACCGCAGUUCUUCACCUCCAUAACCCAGGCCCAAAAACCCACUGGAGCACAGCAGAUCCAGGUGGCAAAGCUUCCACAAAUAGUACAGCAACAGCCAGCUGUGGCUAAUAUUCAGCAGAUUGUGUCUUCUCCCCAGCAGAUCCAGGCUCAGCCUCAGACUGUGACUCUGACCCAGACGGCCACAUCGGCUCCUGCUCAGGUGCAGAUGAUUCCUGCAGGGACGGCCACAGCCCAGGUGGUCCAGCAGAAGAUCAUCCCACAGCAGGUAGUGACGGCGGCUGCUUCCCCGCAGAUCCAGACGCCUCCUCCGCACAGCCCCGCUCAGCAGCCUGCUGCCCCCUCUGCUGCCGAGUCCCCGGUGCAGCAGUCCUCCAAGAGUCAGGCUCGCCAAGGAGGUGUCCGGGCCAAAACCCCCGCCAAGCCUAGUGGUGGGAACAGUUAGGACUUCAUCAUCGGUGUGUCACUGCAGUACAGACAUGUAAGGAUAAGGCUGCUACAGAUCCCUCAAAUGGAGUGCAGAUCUUUUUGUAAUCCUAUCCUCACCUCAGUUUCACACCACUUCUCACCACCCACUAACAUCACUCCAGUGCUGAGGGUUGAUCCAGAAAUAAAAGCCCAUCUGGGCUAAUACUCCAGCCUUUCUGGUGGGUGUAGAUCUAUCACAGUUCUGUCCUCAGUUUGAUCAGAUUCUUUCAGUUUCACGUUACGUAUUGCUGUGUCUCAGACAGCAUAGUGCAAUGAUAUUACAUCACCUGUCCCUGACGCCGAGAAUUAUGGGUCAUUCUGUGCUGGAGAAUGAGCUCGUCAUUAGAAUCCUUGUACUCAUAAAUAGUCCCUUUUGUGUCAUUAUCAUGUCGUGUCUAGAAAACUGAAUGGAGAAUGCACGUCGUUUUGGUCUUUUUUUGUCGGUAAAUACACUGUAAACAUGUACUUCAGUAUUUUUGGUUUGUUUUUUUUUUUCUCAUAAAAUCUUUUUUUAUUGAUGUCAAAGGAAAACCUUGUAAAUAGCAACAAAAACAUUUGUACUUGUAAAGUAGUCGUGUUUUCAUUGGAUUUUUCAGCCUAAUUGUAAUAAAGUGUUUUGUUUUUAUACACAAACUCAUCUUUUCCUUUGAUUAAAAUGUUGUAAGUACUUUGGAAA